AACUACGCGACCCAUGAUCACUUCCGGAUGACCCGGGAAGUAUUCCGGGAACUGACUUUUUUUUUUCUUCCAGUUCCCCCUCCCCCCAGUCCGUUUUCAUUGGCUCCCAUGAAAGGUCAGGAUCCAGCCCACUUCAAUGGACCCCCAGGGCAUCUUGAAGGCAUUUCCCAAGCGAAAGAAAAUUCAUGCAGAUCCAUCAUCAAAACCACUUGCAAAGAUUCCCAAAAGGGAGGCGGGAGCAUCGAGAGGCUGGCUGAGCGCCCUAAGGGCACACAUUAUGCCCACUGGCAUUGGACGAGCCCGGGCUGAACUCUUUGAGAAGCAGAUUAUCCAGCAUGGUGGCCAGGUGUGCUCUGCCCAGGCCCCAGGAGUCACUCACAUUGUGGUGGAUGAAGGCAUGGACUAUGAACGGGCUCUCCGGCUCCUCAGGCUGCCCCAGCUACCCCCUGGUGCUCAGCUGGUGAAGUCAGCCUGGCUCAGCCUGUGCCUACAGGAGGGAACACUGACAGACACGGAGGGAUUCAGCCUUUCCAUCCCCAACAGGUCCUUGGACGAACCAGAGCCCAGGCUAUCAGACCAAGAUGCUCCUGCUCCUGGCACCCAAGGGGUUCUACCCAGGACAACCCUCUCUCUUUCCCCUCCUCACACCAGAGCUAUAUCUCCUCCCCCAAAGGCAGAAAAGCCACCAAGAACCCAAGCCCAGCUCAGCUCAGAGGAUGAAGCCAGCGAUGGGGAAGAGCCCCAGGUUAGCUCAGCAGAUCUGCAAGCUUUGAUCAGUGGGCACUACCCCACUUCCCCUGGGGAAGAUAGUGGGCCUGACCCAGCCCCAGAAGCUCUGGAUAAGUGGGUUUGUGCACAGCCCUCGAGCCAGAAGGCAACCAACUACAACCUGCACAUCACAGAGAAGCUCCAAGUGCUGGCUAAAGCCUAUGCCGUCCAGGGAGACAAGUGGAGGGCCCUGGGCUAUGCCAAGGCCAUCAAUGCCCUCAAGAGCUUCCACAAGCCCGUCAGCUCCUACCAGGAGGCCUGUAGCAUCCCAGGGAUUGGCAAGCGGAUGGCAGAGAAGGUCAUGGAGAUCCUGGAGAGCGGGCAUCUGCGGAAGCUAGACCACAUCAGUGACAGCGUGCCUGUCUUGGAGCUCUUCUCCAACAUCUGGGGAGCUGGGACGAAGACUGCCCAGAUGUGGUACCAUCAGGGCUUCCGAAACCUAGAAGAUAUCCGAAGCCUGGGCUCCCUGACCACUCAGCAGGCCAUUGGCUUGAAGCACUACGAUGACUUCCUGGACCGCAUGCCCAGGGAGGAGGCUGCAGAGAUCGAGCAGACGGUCCGGAUAUCAGCCCAGGCCUUCAACCCUGGGCUGCUGUGUGUGGCCUGUGGCUCUUACCGCCGGGGGAAGAUGACCUGUGGGGAUGUGGAUGUGCUUAUUACUCACCCUGAUGGCCGGUCCCACCAGGGCAUCUUCAGCCGUCUCCUUGACAGCCUUCGGCAGCAAGAUGAGGAACUGGGUCCAGAGGGGCGGGGUCACUCGACUCGACACACAAAUAACCGCAGAGUAUGCUGGGAGUAAAGAAUCUUAGGCAGCCUGAGAGGGUAAGACAACCAGGCCUGGCUCCUUGCCCUACUAGACAUCCCUUGUCAGGGUUCCUCACAGAUGACUUGGUGAGCCAGGAGGAGAAUGGCCAGCAGCAGAAGUACCUGGGUGUGUGCCGGCUCCCAGGGACAGGGCAGCGCCACCGGCGACUGGACAUCAUCGUGGUUCCCUACAGUGAGUUUGCCUGUGCCCUGCUCUACUUCACUGGCUCCGCCCACUUCAACCGGUCCAUGAGAGCUCUGGCCAAGACCAAGGGCAUGAGUCUGUCGGAGCAUGCCCUUAGUGCAGCUGUGGUCCGGAACAGCCAAGGCGUCAAGGUGGGGCCUGGACAGGUGCUGCCCACCCCCACAGAGAAGGACGUCUUCAAGCUCUUAGGCCUGCCCUACCGAGAGCCCGCUGAACGGGACUGGUGACCUAGGAUGUGGGCAAGGGAGGCCAUGUUGGAUGAGCUGCCUCAUCCGCCGUCUACCACCCUCUUAGCUUUGUCAGUCACCGCCUGCCCUUAGUGAGCCUAGCCAGGAGCUUUGGGCCUGCAGGAAAAAGUCUGAUUCAGAGAGCCUGCAAGCUCUCCCCUGGACAGGGUUAUGUUGCUGUCCCCUCUCCUCCCCGCUAUUCCUGGUGACAGGCUUUUACACGGCCCCUUCCCUGUUCAAUCAGAGCAGGUGGCUGGUUUCAAGCCGGUUUCCUGUACUGAAGGCCCAAGCUUCCCUUUCCACCCCAAGACUGAUGUAGAUGUGGGGGGUCAGGAGAGGCUGAGGAGGAGAGGGAAGCAGCUGUGGGUUCAGCAUCUUCCUAGAGCCCUUGCAGUAGAGAAAGACAUGUGAAUUCUUUUACCUACUCACUUCCUGUGCAGCUGGAGCUGCUGGGGGUGGCCUGCCCAGACUGUGAGGAUGCUUCUCAGGGCCCUGGGGUCUAAUAAAGUGCUUCUGACAUUCAA